UGGUAAAGGGAGAAAGGAGUCUUGUCUGGCCAGUGCAUGUCAUGGCCCUCAGCAAGCUUCCAUGGCCAUCCCUGUUGCCCUUUACAGAGGCCUAGAGUUCUAGAGAACAGCAUGGAAACCAUGUUAAUGGAUUUUAAAAACCUCAAGUGCAAGAAUGGAAUCUUCUUUAUUAACUGAUACAGGUAUCACAUGUGGCCUUGCACUAAGUAGGUGAUUAGCCACAGCUUACUACUCCACUACUGAAGUUUUUGCUCCAUGUUUGACUACACAACAGAGUUAUCAUUUGAAGGAGAAUUAGGAAACCUACUAGCAAGCCUAUGUCAUUUAAUGGAUGUAAUAAUAGCAUCAUUUUUUUUCCAGAUCUAGGUUGGAAUUUGCCCCUGACAAAUAAGAAAAUGAGGAGUGAUGCAAGCGAUAUGUUGGCUGCAGCAUUGGAGCAGAUGGAUGGUAUCAUAGCAGGUUCUAAGGCCCUGGAAUAUUCCAAUGGGAUUUUUGAUUGCCAAUCUCCCACCUCUCCAUUCAUGGGAAGUUUGCGAGCUCUGCACCUUGUGGAAGACCUGCGUGGAUUGUUAGAGAUGAUGGAAACAGAUGAGAAAGAAGGCUUGAGAUGACAGAUCCCAGAUUUAACAGCAGAAAUGCUUAUUGAAUGGCUUCAGAGUCAAAUGACAAAUGGACACCUACCUGGGAACGGAGAUGUAUAGCAAGAAAGGUUGGCACGUUUAGAAAAUGAUAAAGUAUCCCUCAUUCUUCAGGAGCUUCUAAGUAGGACAUUCUCAGAAACUCGGAAGUUGGAUCUGAUGGCUGAAAUAUCUAACUUGAAGUUGAAACUGACAGCUGUAGAGAAGGACAGAUUGGAUUAUGAAGAUAAGUUCAGAGACACAGAGGGACUGAUUCAGGAGAUCGAUGAUUUGAGGUUAAAAGUCAGUGAAAUGGACAGUGAGAGACUUCAGUAUGAAAAAAAGCUUAAAUCAACCAAAUCUUUAAUGGCCAAACUUUCUAGCAUGAAAAUCAAGGUGGGUCAGAUGCAGUAUGAAAAGCAGCGCAUGGAACAAAAAUGGGAGUCACUGAAGGAUGAACUGGCAUCUUUAAAAGAACAACUAGAAGAAAAGGAAUCUGAAGUAAAAAGGCUACAAGAAAAAUUGGUUUGCAAGAUGAAAGGAGAAGGGGUUGAAAUUGUUGAUAGAGCAAGGAUUGUCUUCAAUCUGUUGACAGAACAAUCAGCCUUUAAAAUAAAGAAGUGCAAUUCAAUGAAGACAGAUCUAGGUUGGAAUUUGCCCCUGACAAAUAAGAAAAUGAUGAGUGAUGCAAGCGAUAUGUUGGCUGCGGCAUUGGAGCAGAUGGAUGGUAUCAUAGCAGGUUCUAAGGCCCUGGAAUAUUCCAAUGGGAUUUUUGAUUGCCAAUCUCCCACCUCUCCAUUCAUGGGAAGUUUGCGAGCUCUGCACCUUGUGGAAGACCUGCGUGGAUUGUUAGAGAUGAUGGAAACAGAUGAGAAAGAAGGUUUGAGAUGCCAGAUCCCAGAUUCAACAGCAGAAACGCUUAUUGAAUGGCUUCAGAGUCAAAUGACAAAUGGACACCUACCUGGUAACGGAGAUGUGUAUCAAGAAAGGUUGGCACGUUUAGAAAAUGAUAAAGAAUCCCUCGUUCUUCAGGUAAGUGUGUUGACAGACCAGGUGGAGGCUCAGGGAGAGAAGAUUCGAGAUUUGGAGUUUUGUCUUGAAGAGCACAGAGAGAAGUUGAAUGCUACAGAAGAAAUGCUGCAGCAGGAGCUUCUAAGUAGGACAUCCUUAGAAACUCAGAAGUUGGAUCUGAUGGCUGAAAUAUCUAACUUGAAGUUGAAACUGACGGCUGUAGAGAAGGACAGAUUGGAUUAUGAAGAUAAGUUCAGAGACACAGAGGGACUGAUUCAGGAGAUCAAUGAUUUGAGGUUAAAAGUCAGUGAAAUGGACAGUGAGAGACUUCAGUAUGAAAAAAAGCUUAAAUCAACCAAAGAUGAACUGGCAUCUUUAAAAGAACAACUAGAAGAAAAGGAAUCUGAAGUAAAAAGGCUACAAGAAAAAUUGGUUUGCAAGAUGAAAGGAGAAGGGGUUGAAAUUGUUGAUAGAGAUGAAAAUUUUAAAAAGAAGCUCAAAGAAAAAAACAUCGAAGUACAAAAAAUGAAGAAAGCUGUGGAGUCUUUGAUGGCAGCAAAUGAAGAAAAGGAUCGAAAAAUAGAAGAUCUUCGACAGUGCCUGAACAGGUACAAGAAAAUGCAAGAUACUGUGGUACUGGCCCAAGGUAAAAAAGGCAAAGAUGGAGAAUAUGAAGAUCUGCUCAAUUCCAGUUCCAUCUCCACUUUGCUGGAUGCACAGGGUUUCAGUGAUCUGGAGAAAAGUCCAUCACCCACUCCAGUAAUGGGAUCUCCCAGUCGUGACCCAUUUAACACAAGUGUUCCUGAAGAGUUCCAUACCACCAUCUUGCAAGUUUCCAUCCCUUCAUUAUUGCCGGCAACUAUAAGCAUGGAAACUUCUGAAAAAUCAAAGUUGACUCCUAAGCCAGAGACUUCAUUUGAAGAAAAUGAUGGAAAGAUAAUCCUUGGUGCCACUGUUGAUACCCAACUGUGUGAUAAUCUUGCAACUUCAAGUCUGCAAAAGUCCAGCAGCCUGGGCAAUCUGAAGAAAGAGACAUCUGACGGGGAAAAGGAAUCUAUUCAGAAGACAUCAGAGGACAGAGCUCCGGCAGAAAGCAGGCCAUUUGGGACCCUUCCUCCCAGACCCCCAGGGCAGGACACCUCCGUGGACGACAACCCCUUCGGCACUCGAAAAGUCAGAUCUUCCUUUGGCCGGGGCUUUUUUAGAAUCAAAAGUAACAAGAGAACAGCAAGUGCACCAAACUUGGAUCGUAAACGAAGUGCCAGUGCACCCACCUUAGCUGAAACAGAAAAAGAGACAGCAGAGCACCUAGAUCUGGCUGGUGCUUCUUCUCGGCCAAAAGAUUCACAGAGGAACAGUCCCUUCCAGAUACCACCUCCAUCUCCAGAUUCCAAAAAGAAAUCCAGAGGUAUCAUGAAACUCUUUGGAAAACUUAGGAGAAGUCAAUCAACUACAUUCAACCCAGAUGACAUGCCUGAGCCUGAAUUCAAAAGAGGAGGGACAAGGGCAACCGCGGGACCCCGACUGGGUUGGUCUCGAGACUUGGGACAGUCUAACAAUGACUUGGAUAUGCCAUUUGCCAAGUGGACCAAGGAGCAGGUUUGCAAUUGGCUGAUGGAACAGGGCUUGGGCUCCUACCUGAAUUCUGGCAAGCACUGGAUUGCAUCUGGCCAAACGCUUUUGCAGGCUUCUCAACAAGAUCUAGAGAAGGAACUUGGAAUCAAGCAUUCACUUCAUCGAAAGAAACUCCAGCUGGCACUCCAAGCCCUGGGAUCUGAAGAAGAAACCAAUCACGGGAAGCUGGAUUUCAACUGGGUCACUAGAUGGUUGGAUGACAUUGGCCUCCCUCAAUAUAAGACCCAGUUUGAUGAAGGCCGGGUUGAUGGUCGAAUGCUACAUUACAUGACUGUUGAUGAUUUACUGUCUUUGAAGGUUGUGAGUGUGCUACACCACCUCAGUAUCAAAAGGGCCAUCCAGGUCCUGAGGAUCAAUAACUUUGAACCAAACUGUCUACGGAGGCGGCCAUCUGAUGAGAAUACCAUCGCCCCCUCAGAAGUUCAGAAGUGGACUAACCAUCGAGUGAUGGAGUGGCUGCGCUCCGUGGACUUGGCAGAAUAUGCCCCCAAUCUCAGAGGCAGCGGUGUCCAUGGUGGGCUCAUGGUUCUAGAGCCUCGUUUUAAUGUAGAAACAAUGGCUCAGUUGUUGAACAUCCCACCCAAUAAGACUUUGCUGCGAAGACAUUUGGCCACUCAUUUCAACCUUCUGAUUGGGGCUGAGGCACAGCACCAGAAGCGAGAUGCCAUGGAGCUGCCGGAUUAUGUACUUCUAACAGCUACUGCCAAAGUGAAGCCAAAGAAGCUUGCCUUUAGCAAUUUUGGGAAUUUGAGAAAGAAGAAACAGGAAGAUGGUGAAGAAUAUGUUUGUCCAAUGGAAUUGGGACAGGUAUCAGGAAGUGCAUCUAAGAAAGGAUUUAAACCUGGUUUGGAUAUGCGCCUGUAUGAGGAAGAUGAUUUGGACCGAUUAGAGCAGAUGGAAGAUUCAGAAGGGACAGUGAGACAGAUAGGUGCAUUCUCUGAAGGCAUCAACAAUCUGACACACAUGUUAAAAGAAGAUGACAUGUUUAAAGAUUUUGCUGCCCGUUCCCCCAGUGCCAGCAUUACAGAUGAAGACUCAAACGUUUGACCGUAGCACCUGGAGGAACAUUAGGAAUGCUUAGUCUUUUUUCUACUUUCUUUUCCAAACACUCACAGUAUAUACAACAGGCAGCGGAUUGUCUAUUGUUUGUUGUUCCAACUUCUGCUGUUGAGAAGUUUAAACAGGAAGCAGGAGUAAUGUGCCGAUUCCGAAGUGGCCACAGAAAAAUAAGACACUGGUGAAUGAGAGUAUAAUUGUUUUUCUUCUAUUUAAUGUAAAAAUCUGUGAUAUAUUAUAUUUAAAGUGUUGCAUUUAAGAUGAGUAUUUUACCAGAGUGUUUCCGUUCACAUCCGCAGUAUGGAGGAUUUGGGGAACAGUAACCAGGAUGUGAAUGAUUUUGUCACAUCAGUGUUCACUGGAGCCACCUAAGUAGGACAUUAUGUGAUUUCAGAAUCCAUAUGUGGAACUUCUUUAAGCAUUCAGUGUGCCCACUAAAUGCCAGCCACACCUCCACUUGCCUCUUACUGUCUUAUUUUUAUAUAUUUUUCUAAAUAUAUGUAUAUAUACAGUACAUAGAAAAUAGAACAUUUAUUUUGUGACCUAAGGACGAUGGUGAAAAGAUCACGUUUUCUAAACAAUCUGGUGAUCAGAACGUUCAUAUACCAGCUGGUUUCUGAAGAAGUCAGAAUGAUCUUUCUCCAUACUGACUUUUAACAAUGUUGAUCAUUGAGGCUAAAUUAAUAUAUAUGAAAUAUUCCUUUUUGAUGAUACCACAAAAUUGUUGAACAGUUUAAAAAUUUCAACCUUAAUCUUGGAUCCCUUUACCUCAUAUGGAAGAACUUGAGGGACAUUAGUAUACUUUUUUUUUUUUUAAGAUGGAGUCUCGCUCUGUCACCUAGGUUAGAGUGCUGUGGCAUGAUCUCCCCUCACUGCAACCUCUGCCUCCUGGGUUCAAGCCAUUCUUUUGCUUCAGCCUCCCAAGUAGGUGGGACUACAGGCACACGCCACCAUGCCUGGCUAAUUUUUGUAUUUUUAGUAGAGACGGGGUUUCACCAUAUUGGCCAGGCUGGUCUGGAACUCCUGACCUUGUGAUCCGCCCGUCUCAGCCUCCCAAAGUACUGGGAUUACAGGCGUGAGCCACCAUGCCUGGCCUUUUUUUUUUUUUUUUUUAAGUGACAGAGUCUCACUCUGUCACCCAUGCUGGAGUGCAGUGACGUGAUCAUAGCUCACUGCAGCCUUGAAUUCCUAGGCUCCAGUGAUCCUCUCACCUCAGCCUCCCCAAUAGCUAGGAUUACAGGUGUGUGGCCUCCCACCCCACCCCACCCUUCACACCUGGCUGAUUUUUCAAAAAUUUUUUGUAGAAACAGAAUCUCACCAUGUUGCCCAGCCUGGCCUCAAACUCCUGUCCUCAAGUGAUCCUCCCGCCUCAGCCUUUCAAAGUGCUGGGAUUACAGGUGUGAGCCACUGUGCCUGGCUUGAAUACACUAACUUGAAUACAUUCAGAAUCACCUCCUCUCCCCAAAAUGCGUAGAAAUAGUUUUUGAGGAAACCAAAAGCAAAGCAGAAACCUUUACAGUAUUGUUUCUUUUCUCUUUGUUAACUAUGUCAUUGCAUCAAAAUACUAACAGUCUGCCUAAACAUGUUCAUUGUACAUUUCUCAGGCUAUCAAUGAAUGGAGCUUUUUAAAAAGUUGAAUAUUUGUCUGAACAUUUUAUUUCAAAGUUCAAAAAAACAGAGGCUGCAAAAUUCAUUUUAUAAUGGCUAUUUUGUGAUGAUAAGAUGUAGUUCACGUUUUUCUGUAGCACUGGGCCCAAAUAUUCUUUGUAAAGAAAAUCACUGCAGCAAAAAUUGUUACUGUGUUUAUUAUGUUUGUAGAAGUAUUAGAAAAAUAUUCUAUUUUUUAUUCAGUGCUACAUAAUUACCCAUGGUAGCCAACCCUACAAAAGACAGGUUUUCACAAACUGAGGUGGAGGUGGGCAGUUCAGUAUCUGCCAUUGGACUUGAUUAUAAACUGUAUUUGAAUAUCAGUGGUGUUAUCUUUUAAGUUGUCAGCAAGUUACCAAGUAUUCAUUAAAGAAAUUGUGAUAUCAAAUUACUGUUUAUUCAUAACAAUUGAUUUGAUGCUAAUAAUAAUUUUCUUUAAACUCUACCAUUCAUUAUGUGGUAACUGUAUUGGACUUACUUUAUUUGGAUUUUAUUUUAAUGUGACUAGAUGUCACCACUUGAAAAAAUCCAUUUGUUCUUAGAACCUGGUUGAAAACACCAGGAGACUGUUACAGAUGUCAAAUUUUUUUUUUUUUUUUGAGACGGAGUCUCUCUCUGUCGCCCAGGCUGGAGUGCAGUGGCGCGAUCUUGGCUCACUGCAAGCUCUGACUCCUGGGUUCACGCCAUUCUGCCACCUCAGCUUCCCAAGUAGCUGGGACUACAAGUGUCUGCCACCAUGCCUGGCUAAUUUUGUUUUCGUAUUUUUAGUAGAGACGGGGUUUCACCGUGUUAGCCAGGAAGGUCUCAAUCUCCUGACAUCGUGAUCCGCCCACCUCGGUCUCCCAAAGUGCUGGGAUUACAGGCGUGAGCCACCGUGCCCGGCCCAAGUAUUUUUUAUUCAGGACGGCAUAACCUAACUGAUAAUAUGUAAUAAAGUUAAAUUUUUUUAUGAUGUGUUUUAUUUACAAAAUAUACACUGCUGGUGUUACCACAUGAAAGGAAAUAAAGUCAAUUGAUAAUUGCUUCAUUUUUAUUGCCCUUAUUUCAUUUUCCAUUGUUCAUAGUAACAGGCUUUGUUUCUGAUAUAGAAAAUAACACAAUCUCUUUAUAAACUGCCAUAAAUUUGUUUGAAUGGAGUUUAUAACGUGUAUCAACAGAUAGGAAUUUGAGGCCUUUGUUUGAGAAGAUUUUGUAGGAAAAGAAGCAACUGAGCUGGGGAAUGAAGAAUAUGGCAGAAGUGAAAGAAACAAA